CCUUUCUUCGUGUGCCGGCCAAACGCUUUUUUCCUAUUCAUCUGGAUUUUCACACCUUCUUCGCUUCCGAUUACAUCAAUGGCGGCAGCCACCGCCACCGCCGCCAAUGCCUUUGUCACCCGCUAUCCCAACGCGAUGGCUGACACCUCCACCUCGAAUUCCUCCACGCUUUCUUCCUCUCAGAUCCGAUUUGGAUUCAGGCCUUUGAGGAUCAAGAGAUUGGUCUCCGAGAGACGGCGUUCGUCUUUGAGUUUGAGCCCUGUCUGUUCGAUGAACGACUCUGAUAAUUCGAUGCAGAGCAGUCGUGUGGCGGCGGAGGCCAUGGCUCUCGGCGUUUCGGCUCUAGAGAAGCUCAAGACGUCCGGGGCUCAAAGGUAUACAAAAGAAAAGAGCAGCUUUGUGAUCGUAGGGCUCAAUGUUCACACAGCUCCAGUUGAGAUACGCGAGAAAGUUAAUAUUCCAGAAUCUCAGUGGCCUCAAGCCAUAAGUGAACUCUGUGAUUUGAACCAUAUAGAGGAGGCUGCUGUUCUUAGUACCUGUAACCGUAUAGAGAUAUAUGUUAAGGCUUUAUCUCAGCAUCGUGGGGUUAAAGAAGUGACCGAAUGGAUGUCAAAGACGAGUGGAGUGCCAGUUUCAGAGCUUUGUAAGCACCGAAUUUUGCUGUAUAACAAAGAUGCUACUCAGCACUUGUUUGAGGUGGCUUCUGGGCUCGAUUCUCUUGUUUUAGGGGAGGGUCAGAUUCUUUCUCAGGUUAAGCAUGUUGUAAAAGUUGGGCAGGGAGUUCCUGGCUUUGGUAGUGGAAUUGGUGGGCUGUUUAAGCAUGCAAUCACUGCGGGGAAGCGCGUUAGAACUGAAACGAACAUUUCCUCAGGCUCGGUUUCUGUCAGUUCGGCUGCUGUGGAGCUAGCUAUAUUGAAGCUUCAAGAACCUUAUUUUGCUAAUGCAAGAGUGUUGGUGGUAGGAGCAGGCAAGAUGGGGAAACUUGUGAUCAAACACUUGAUAGCAAAAGGGUGUGAAAAAAUGGUGGUGGUCAACAGGAGUGAGGAGAGAGUUGCUGCCAUCUCUGAAGAGUUCGAAAACGUUGAGAUUACCUAUAAACCCUUUUCAGAACUGCUAUCAAGUGCAGCUGAUGCUGAUCUUAUUUUCACCUGUACUGCAUCAGAAACCUUCUUGUUCUCGAAAGAAGAAGUACAGAUGCUGCCCCUUGUUCAUCCAGGAAUUGGAAGCCGAUUGUUUGUUGAUAUUUCUGUUCCCCGCAAUGUGGAUUCAUCUGUCUCGGAACUUGAGGCUGCACGUGUUUAUGAUGUGGAUGACCUAAAGGAAGUUGUGUCAGCUAACAUGGAAGACAGACUCCGAAAAGCUAGGGAAGCUCAGGUGAUCAUCGAUGAGGAAUUAGGCAAAUUCGAAGCCUGGAAAGAUUCUCGAGAGACUGUUCCCACCAUAAAGAAGUUCAGAGCUUAUGUUGAAAGAAUAAGGGCUGCAGAAUUAGAGAAGUGUUUGUCCAAAUUGGGUGACAACAUCUCUAAAAAGGACAAACAAGCUGUUUAUGAUCUUAGCAUGGGCAUUGUGAAAAAGCUCCUCCAUGGUCCAAUGGAGCAUCUCAGAUGCGAUGGGAGCGAUGACGGCCGGAGUUUGAACGAGGUACUAGAGAACAUGAGGGCUCUAAACAGAAUGUUUGAUCUUCACACAGAAACAUCUAUGUUGGAACAAAAGAUUCUAACAAAGUUGGAAAGAAGCAAAAAAUAGGCUCUUUAUAGCCAUUUUUUCUUGCUUCAAAGUUUUUUUUAAAGAAAUCACACAUUUUUUAUUCAAAAAGUUGGACAUAAGAGAGAUAAAACACGCAAAUUCUGUACAUGAAGUCUAUACUCUUACCUCACUCAGGCAAAGGCAAGCGAGGAACAAGCCCAGGAUUGGUGUCACCUCAUUUUGUGUACAAGAGAAGAGAUUUGUCUUAGCAGUCACAUUACAUUGAUUGCUUCUUUAAUUAUUUUGGUCAAAUAAAGUUAAUGUACUGACCAAUUCAAGUCAUUGAAUGAAAUUAUUAACACAUUCUUCUUCUUUA